AUGCAGUCUUCUGUGCUUCCAAGUACUUCCCAACAGUACUGGAUUGAUCCUGCAAAUACAUCAAAUUAUACUUCCCCUAAUUCAAGACAAAUUCUACGCAUAGCAACCAAUUUAAAGUAUCUUAUAGAUGAAGUGAUUCCCAUUACAUACGAGGAGAAUAUUGUAACGUGUGAACACUCAAGAAUCCUCAAUGCGAAAGUAAUUAAAUUGGCCAGAGCAGCUUGCGGUGGGGACAGAAAGGACCGCGCCUCUGUUAGGAAAUACGAAUCUGUCAUUGUAUUCGCCUUGUUAAAAGUAUGUGGAUGGUAUUGGGGACUGGCUGAAUCGGAGCUACACAACUCAGAACUCUAUAAUAUGAGGGCUGUAACUGCCCAGCAGCUUUCGAAAUUGAUCAUUGAGGAAACUGAAUUCGAGGAUCAUCACUACACAUUUAUGCAAUUACUACUACGUCGGUACGUCAUUAAUGAAAAUGACUGCGAUUCUUCCCCAAUUUCCGCACUUGAAUUAGCCAUGGAUAUGCAUUGUACUAUUGUUAUCGGUUCUUCUGGAUACCAACGUUGUUUGAAAUGGUUGUGGAGAGGUUGGAUCGUGCAGAAUAAACUCAAUCCUGAAACGUACAUCCUUUCCCCCGUUGUGCCAUCCUGUGAAGUUUCCAAGCAUUUCACGCCUGAGAGAUUACGUGCUCCCAUCUACCAAAAUUUAUUGCAGAUCAUCUUCUCGCUAUUAUAUUUGGUACUUUUCACGGUUGUCGUAAAUCAAAAAGACUCUGUAAAUGUUCAACCGAUAGGAUUUUGGGAAUCCCUGUUUUAUGUGUUCACACUGGGUCAUGCACUCGACGAAUUAGUCAAGUGUUAUCAUGUUGGAUGGGCGUACAUUGGUUUUUGGAACGUAUAUCAUGAUUUUAUGUUUUCAAUUAUCAUAUGUUCUAUCGUUAUUCGUAUCAUUAGUGUGUGCCCAUGGAAGGCUGAUUUACCAUCAGAGCACUGGGAUAUUGUUUCGUAUAGAAUUUUAGCAUGUGCAGCGCCAUUGGUAUGGUCUCGUUUGUUACUAUAUUUGGAAUCUGAAAGAUUUGUUGGUGCGUUAUUGGUGGUAUUGGCACAUAUGAUGCGGGAGUCCAUUUACUUCUUCUCUUUAUUAAUUUUGAUAAUGAUUGGAUUUUUACAGGGGUUCCUAGGACUAGAUUCGGCAGAUGGAAGGCGCGAGAUUACAUGGCCAAUAUUAUCAAACCUCUUCACUACUAUUUUGGGCGAUGGUGGGUUUGAUAUGUUCGAAAGGUUUGCCCCUCCUUAUGCAGCUAUCCUAUAUUACAGUUACUGUUUCAUUGUCACUAUAAUUCUCUUGAAUAUAUUGAUUGCGUUGUACUCGAGUGCAUAUCAAAAAGUAAUUGAUAAUGUCACAGAUGAAUAUUUAGCAUUGAUGGCUCAAAAGACCUUAAGAUACAUCAGAGCUCCAGACGAAGAUGUCUAUGUUCCACCUUUGAAUUUGAUAGAGAUUUGUAUUACUCCUAUAAUCUGGAUGCUACCAAAAACACAAGGUAAGUAUCUAUCCAGCUUUGUGAUGACGCUGAUAUACUCACCCUUGUUGUGCUAUAUUUCUAUAUUUGAAACCAUUCAAGCCAGAAGGAUAGUGUACAAUAGACUCAAUAAAUUACCAGAUGAUGCUAAUGAAAAUGAUGUAGCUUGGGAUCUAACUGACGGAUUCUUAGAAGAGGAAGCUAACAUUUUGGACUCUGAUUUCGAGAACAGCUACAGGAUGACGCAAAAGAAAAAUGAAAGGGCACUCCUCGCUCAAAGAGAGGCAGAAGAAGUUGAUCCUAGGUUCCCGGUUGACAAGGGUUGGUUUAGCGAAGUGAAGACUGUCGUACAGCCAGUAAGCGAAGGUUAUGAGACUGGUAUAGGUUGGGAGUCUUAUAAAAUCUUCAAAGAAUUGAACGAUCAACAGCAGAAAGCCGAAGAAAAGAUAGAGACGCUCACCACAACUAUAAAUCAAUUAACUGAAUUAAUUAAAGAAAUGAAGAUCAAAAAUGAUUGA